AUGGCCUCUCGCGCCUCCAAAAAGUUUGUCUGCACCAGCUCCAAACUGCAUCAACAUGAACAACAACAUGACAAAUCCGGACGACCCCCAAUCCCACCAACGUCAGGAUAUGCGGGACUCACCAAUCGCGCUUUAAUCGCCAUCACAGGUGUUGAUAGCACCUCUUUCCUACAAGGAAUGAUUACACAGAAUAUGCUUAUGGGGAAAGAGCCUGUUCGCGCUCCUCGUCGAACGGGGAGUUAUAGUGCAUUUCUGAAUUCGCAGGGUCGAGUGUUGCAUGAUGUUUUCAUUUAUCCGAUCACAAAGGGCAAUCUCGGACAUAGUAAUGAAUCGCCCGAUGAAGCAGCGUGGUUGAUUGAAGUUGAUAAAGCUGAAGUCAGCAAUUUAAUGAAGCAUCUCAAAAAACACAAAUUGCGCGCUAAACUGACACUUCGCGCCCUCGAGGAUGGGGAACAAUCGAUCUGGGCAGCGUGGAAUAAUGAGAGUACAGAGCCUCGAUGGGCGGCUUAUAAUCUCGAAUCUGAUUUCCCAUCGCAACUUGCGGAUAAUUCGCCUGUCGUUGGUUGUAUCGAUACCCGUGCACCGGGGUUUGGGACGAGAUACAUAACCCCAGGCCCGGACGAUCUUCAAAUUCAUUUACCGGCCGAGACGAAAUUACAAGGGUUACAAGUGGAUUUGGAGACUUAUAAAUUGCGGCGGUAUUUGUAUGGUGUUGCCGAGGGUCAGGGAGAGAUUAUCCGCGAAUCUUCGUUGCCUAUGGAAUGUAAUAUGGAUGUGGCACGGGGUAUUGAUUUUCGGAAGGGCUGCUAUGUAGGACAGGAACUUACGAUUCGAACUCAUCAUACCGGUGUUGUGCGGAAACGUAUAUUACCUGUACAGUUAUAUGGCGUUGAUGAAGAUACCACGACCUCAUCAUCGUCAUCAGCACCUAUAUACGAUCUCGAGACACAAACUACCCAACCUCCCACCGGCGCAAACAUCUCUCGAGUCGGCACUAGAAAAGGUCGUAGCGCGGGCAAAUUCAUCAGUGGCGUCGGAAACGUCGGUCUCGCUCUCUGUCGUCUCGAGAUGAUGACCGAUAUCUCGCUUACGGGCGAAAGCAGCCAGUAUAACCCCUCUCAAGAAUUCCAGGUUUCUUGGGACGCGGGCUCGGCUGCUGGACUUGUGAGUCAACAAGGCGCAGUCAAGAUCAAAGCUAUAGUUCCAUCGUGGCUAAGGGAGUAUAUUGUCGCAAGUACCAUGCGAAAUGUAUCUUCUGCUAGGGCCCGUGAGGGUGAUGAGGGGCUUAGAGCGAGGGAUUUGGUUGAGCGGCUUGGUGAGGAGGAAGCUGAAGAGAAAUAA